GCCUGAAUCAAGGCCCAAAGCCAACCAUUUUCCUGUUCUCUCUCUUGCAUUCCCUCUAAUUUUUUUUGGCUUCCUCUGUUUUGGUUACUCUCUCUUCUGCUGAGCUCUGUUAUAGAGAAAAGAAGCCAUUACUGCUAUUUGUUACGGUUUAUACAAUCAGAAAUUCGUUAUAUAAGCUUUGUUUCUGAAUAAAGUUUUGGGGAUUUUUUUUUUUGUGUGUUGUUGUUGUUGUAUAUUCGAGAAAUGUAUGCAGAGACUGGACUGUUUUUUCCUUAUGUGCAAAGCUUCUGUCAAGAUAUUCAACAGCUCGAUGAGUACUGUAAAUCCUACAAGCCAAAUGCUUCGCUGAACGAUCUGGUUCAGGCAUCCGCCAUAUCUGAUUAUGACCUGGGAGGAGAAGGGGAUCUUUUUAAAGCUCCAAGGCCAAUCAUUGAAGAGCCAUUAAUAGGCCUUGAUCCCAUGACAGUGGCCAUUUCAAUGAUUUCAUGUGGGGAAGAUGCCAUGACUUCCCAAGGACUGAAGGUUGCUGAUAUUGGAUCUAUCCAGAGUGAGCAGCAGUUUCUGAAUGAAGUUUUCAACGAAUGUGAGAAGGAUAUGAUGGCAAAAUCAGCUACAGAAUCUCCACUCUCUGAGUUCCUGGACAUCAAGAUCCCUAUCGUGAUAACAGAUGAUAACCGAGUUCAGGAAAACAUCCUUCCGGAGUCACCAUUCCAGAAAAGUGUGAGUUCGAGUAGUUUGAGCUCGAUGGAUUGGAUGCAUGGGCCUGCAGUGAAGCCUAAUUUUCUGGAAUUCCCGGGAAUGGAUCUUGGAGCUGUCUAUGGGAUGCGGAGAGCAUUUAGCGAAGGAGAUAUAAAGACUCUAGGCAAUUCUACUAAUUUGAGCCUCAUCCAUUCCCCCAUUGAGCGUCCUAUGGUUAUCGGAAGCUGCAUAGCUGAAGAUCGGAGGGAGAAGCUUUCCAGAUACCGAAACAAGAAAACAAAGAGGAACUUUGGCCGGAAGAUCAAGUAUGCUUGUAGGAAAGCUCUUGCAGACAGUCAACCAAGAAUCCGGGGAAGGUUUGCAAAGACAGAAGAAUCCGAGGUUUCCAAGAGGCACUAACUGGUAAUUAAUUCAGUGACAAGUAAAUGUAGGGAUUAAGUGGCUAGGUACAACGAAGAAAUCAUCGAAGGUAUAAUUCAAUAGCGGUAUAAGCCUGGCAAGUAGAUGGCUCGGAAGAGUUAUAUGUUUUGGUAUUUGCUAAAUAAGACUGAAAUCUUCCUUCCCCCUCUCCCCCUCCUCCUGCAGGGUAGUUCUAUAUCUCUUGUCUCUGUAAUAACCUCCUCUAUAGAUUGAAAUUACUAAAAGAAGAGUUGUACAUAGGGUUUGUUGAAUAAAGAGGAAGCAGAAAAAUUUGUAUC